CCUACCUCCUAUAAGCAUGACUUUUCCGGAGAUUUCAUAAAAUCAAUUGCUUUUCUCUUCUAUUUAUAAUUUUAAGAAAUAUUUACAAAUUUUUUAAAGAAACUAAUAAAGAUAGUAUUGAAGUUGAGUGGAUAUUACCUACCUAGUUUGGAAUUCAUAAUACAAGAGGGCCUGUGCUUUUUUCUGCUUAUACUGAGCAACUUAAGAAAUUGAGCAAUCUCAGAUGUUAUAAUUUGAAAGUAUUAUCAUUAUAUUGAGCAGUCUAAGCUACUCAAGUACUAUUUGACCACCUAAUUGGUUUUGAUCAAUUUUGGUAUCUUCAUUAUUUGGAGUCCAUUUUUAAUUAAGACAUCAAGCUAGCUUCAUUGCUGUCCUCCGACUACUUCGAGAAUACGAUAGUAGGAAGCGGUAUUGUAUUCUUUAAUCUGUUUUCGUUCCUUUUUGUUAUUCUUCCUUUUUUGCUUUACUCUUAGUCUAUAAUUGGUAACGGUCUACUCCAUGACCAAUUCAAUUGAGACUUUCCCCCCGAAAGAUUCCAGGGAAUUCUUGAUCAAGUCCGGGAUAGCAGGUGGAAUCGCGGGCUGCGUUGCAAAGACUGUAAUUGCACCUUUGGAUAGAGUGAAGAUUCUCUAUCAGACUAAUCAUGCAGCAUACCGAGGUUAUGCUUUCUCUCGCCAUGGUUUAACUAAAUCCAUAAAGCGUAUUUACCAUGUAAGCGGUGUUCGAGGUUUGUAUCAAGGCCACACAGCUACUCUAUAUCGUAUUUUUCCCUACGCAGGUAUUAAGUUUGUUGCUUAUGAGCAAGUACGGCGACUGCUUAUACACUCAGAAGAUUAUGAAACCAAUGGUCGGAGAUUUCUUUCGGGUUCUUUAGCUGGUAUGUGUUCUGUCUUUUUUACUUAUCCAUUGGAAUUAAUUCGGGUUCGACUUGCAUAUAUAACAGGUUCAAGUAAUAAGCCAAGACUUUUGAAUGUUACAAGCCAAGUAUUGCACGAACGAGAUUUUGGCAAUCUGAAAGAAACCCCUUUACGUACCUCAAUUAGAAGGAUUUCAAACUUCUAUCGUGGAUUUUCUGUAACCUUGAUGGGGAUUUUCCCCUAUGCUGGAAUGUCUUUUUUAGCUCAUGAUCUUGCUACCGAUUUUUUCCAUAAUCCUGUAAUCAAAAGAGCUCUUCGUUCUGAGAAGGAUGAACGGCAUUUAAGUACUUGGUCUGAACUUACAGCCGGUGCCCUGGCUGGUGUUUGUGGCCAAACGAUUUCGUACCCUUUUGAAGUAUGUAGAAGAAAAAUGCAAGUAGGCGGUGUUGAAAGUCGUUCUCGGUUCCUAAAAUUACAAAACGUUAUAAAAUCUACAUAUAGAGACGCUGGAUUGAGAGGUUUUUUUGUUGGUCUUACGAUCGGAUACUUAAAAGUGAUCCCAAUGGUUAGUACGAGUUUUUUUGUUUACACUCGAAGCAAAUCCUACUUGGGUAUUGAUUAGAAAUGAGAGAAAUGAGCUUUGUUUUAUUCAAUAAAAUAUAGAGACUUUUGUAUAUUAUGUCCACAAGUCUUUAAG